CUAUAAUCUAUAUACGGCUAUAUCAGAGUAAAGAUAUAUAUACCGGCCUGCCCUCACUAUUUUCAGCAAUCCCUUAAAAAUUCUUCCAAUUCUAUUACAAAAGUAACAAAACGAUAAAAAAGAGAGUGAGGGAGAGAGAGAAAAUUAGAAAAUAAAAAUAAAAGAAGGAAAGACAGAUGGAAAUAGAUAUUUCGAGGGGAAACGCAAACGAAGUGCUACACGCCUCCUCCUUCUCCACUCUCCGAUCAUAUCUCCGGGCACUCUCCGACACCCCCAACCGCCUCCUCCUCCGCGCCUUCUCCGCCUCCACCUCCUCCGACGAGAUCGCCAGGUCCCGCUCCGGCUCCACCCUCAAACGCACCCUCCGCUGGUACGACCUCGUCGGACUCGGCCUCGGCGGCAUGGUCGGCGCCGGCGUCUUCGUCACCACCGGACACGCCGCCCGCCUCCUCGCUGGCCCCUCCGUCGUCCUCUCCUACGCCAUCGCCGGCUUCUGCGCCCUCCUCUCCGCCCUCUGCUACACCGAAUUCGCCGUGGACAUGCCCGUCGCCGGCGGCGCUUUCAGCUACAUCCGCGUCACCCUCGGAGAGUUCCCGGCAUUCCUCGCCGGCGCCAACCUGAUCGCCGAAUACGUCCUGUCCAACGCCGCCGUGGCCAGGGGCUUCACGGCCUACCUCGGCACCGCGCUCGGCCUCCCCGGCACGACCCGCUUGAGAAUCUCGAUCCGCACCCUGCCCGACGGUUACAACCAGAUGGACCCAAUCGCAGUCGCCCUAAUCCUGCUGCUCACCCUCGUAAUCUGCUACAGAACGAGGGAGAGCUCGUGGGUGAACAUGGCGCUGACGAUUUUGCACCUGUCUUUCAUAAUAUUUGUGAUAGCGAUGGGGUUUUGGAGGGGGAAGUCGAAGAAUUUCACGGAGCCCGGUAACCCGAGAAAUGCGGGCGGGUUCUUCCCAUUCGGAGCAUCGGGGGUGUUCAACGGGGCGGCCACGGUGUACCUGAGCUACAUAGGGUACGACGCCGUCUCGACCAUGGCGGAAGAGGUGAGGAAUCCGUUGACGGAUAUUCCGGUGGGCGUGGCCGGAUCCGUCGUGCUCGUAACUGUCCUAUACUGCUUGAUGGCGGCUUCCAUGACGGCCCUCCUCCCUUACGACAUGAUCGACCCGGAGGCUCCGUUCUCGGGGGCAUUCAGAGGGGACGGGUCGUACGGGUGGGUGUCAAACGUGAUAGGGGUCGGGGCUAGUUUCGGUAUAUUGACGUCGAUACUGGUGGCCAUGCUGGGGCAGGCGCGGUACAUGUGCGUGAUCGGGCGAUCGGGUGUGGUCCCCAAGUGGUUCGCGAGGGUCCACCCUUACACAUCAACGCCUCUCAACGCUUCCCUCUUUCUUGGAAUUUGCACUGCAGUAAUAGCACUAUUCACCGACCUAAACAUCCUACUUAACCUCGUCUCUAUCGGCACCCUCUUCGUCUUCUAUAUGGUCGCCAAUGCAGUAAUCUUCAGACGCUACGUUGCCCGAGGGACCACAAACCCUUUGCCCACUCUCUCCUUCCUUCUAUGCUUCACCCUCACCAGCAUCGCUUUCACCCUUCUCUGGAAAUUCGGGCCGCCAGGCAAGCCCAAAGCCGUCAUGCUGGGCUCAAGCGUGGCCUUGGCUAUUGCCGUUGUACAGUUGUUCCAUUUCACGGCCCGCCAGGCCCGAAAACCGGAGUCUUGGGGGGUCCCACUCAUGCCGUGGACACCUUGCGUUUCCAUAUUCCUCAACAUAUUCCUGUUGGGUUCGGUCGAUGGCCGGUCUUACGUUAGGUUCGGAAUCUUUUCGGCACUUACGGUGCUCUUGUAUGUUCUGUACAGCGUCCACUCAAGCUUCGAUGCCGAUAAAAGUGGGUCCCUCGUGAAGGAGUAUGAUAUUGAUACCAAUGUUCCUACAGGCGAUGCUCCAAAAGUGUGAACUUAUUAAUUUCUUUGAAUAUUGUUGGGCUUCCUUGUGUAUUUUUGUCCUUGUAUUAACUUUAGAG